AUGAGCGGGGUCGGCAGCGUGUCUGCGCACGGGGCCGACAACGGGAGGCCGCAGGGAGCCACGCGCACUGGGCCAGCCCCGAUCUCCUUCCUGUUGCGGGGGAGCAUGAACGGCCAGCGUGCGAGCAGCGGCGGGCAAGAACGGGCGUCUGAAUGCGAGCCAUCGCAGUUCAAACUGCUCAAGACCGCCUCCACGGACGAACCGGGCUACUAUGCCUUGGCACGAAAUGGAUCCGUGCCGGGGCCGUUCGGGCUGCGCGGCGCUCGCGGGACGCUGCACCACAACCACAUAGAUGCACUGCGGGUGGGAACUGCCGCCGCGAGUCUUCUUGCGGCGCUGUUCCUCCCUGGCGACGGGACCAGGGCUCUGGUGCCCAUCAAGCUCUCGCUCGCGCUCACCGUCGUCCUGGUGUGCCUGUGGUGCAUCGAGGGCGCUUCGACCACGCAGUCCGAACCGAAGGGGCAGGCCCCGCUCGUCAGGCACACUGCAAGCGGCAGGGAGUCGGAGCCCACGACCCCUUCGGGCACGGGCACCACCACCGGGUCCCCGGCGUUUUUGACCUUGGCGAAUCGGAUCCUGCACGGACGAAGCCCGAUUUACGACACUGGGCUCGGUCUCCUGCUCACCGCCACCCACGCGGUGCACGUCGGCGGCCGGCAGCGGUGGUUGGCGGAGUCUGGCCUGCCUCCACUGCUAGCACUGCAGGUGGCGCGCAAGGCGCUGUUCCCCGCGCUCGCGCACUGCACGGCGUUCCUGCUCGCUCUCCGCGGCAUUCUGGCGCUUCUCCGCACGUCAGGGCUGGCUCGUCCGCAGCUCAGGACGCGCGGCGCGGGGUGGCAAGUGCCAGCUGGAGGUCGCCUCCUGAUCGGCGCUGCGUCGACGCUGGCCGCGUGCGCCGCAGUCGUCCCCCUGAGCCACCUCUCCGGCAGUUGGAUCCCGUCGGCGACCGCGGUGCUCGUCGUGCGCGGGUUCUCGAUCGCCGUGCCCAUUAUGAUCGGAGCCCUGGCGCAGACCAUCACGCCGCAGCCAACCGAGGGACAGUCCGGACCGGCCGCCGUGUUCGGCGGCCUGCAGUACAGCGGACGCUACCUGGCGAUGCCUUGCGCCCCGGGCGAAGCCGUGGGCCUCCUGCGCGCGAGCUUCAGCGGGUGUCCCCCCGAACGCGGGAUGUCGCGCGUCACGGCGCCGGAAGAGAAGCUGAGCUCGCUGCGGUCGAUCCUCAAGGCCGAUGCCAGCAGCGUCAGCAGGGGCGGCCUCGUCCCGACGCACUCGGACGAGGAGGAUGCCACCAGGCCUGGCGCCGGCGGGGCGGCCGACUCGGUCCGGGCGAGCAUCUCGUCGGCCAGCGGCCUGCCCGUGCGCGCCUCUCCGGCGCAGAGCCGCUUCAGCCAGCAGGAGCAGCGCAAGGUGUCCAGGAUGGAGGACCUGACGCGCCACAAGAGCACCGACGGCGGGUACCCGGACGCGUUCCUGGGCGGGAACCUGCCGUCCGUGCGCGACGACGAGGACGACGAGGCGAUAGAUACGCAGAAGUCGUCGUCACAGCGGGGCCGCCCGUCCCGCCUCGCAGAGCCCUCGUUUGCCGAGGGCUGCGACGACGAGGACGCGAAGCAGGCGCCGUCCCCGCACUCGCCCCACUCUCCCGCCCCGGCGUCGCCCACCGUGCCCGUUCCGAGCUCGCGCGUCGCGUCGCGCGGCGAGGGGGAGUGGAGCGCGGUGGCGCCGCUGGCGUCGGAGCAAGCAGGGGGGACCCUGACGCACGCCGCGGGCUCGAUGCCCCGGCACGGCCCCCUGCGGCGGGUCUCGCGGGGCGCGUCGAUCAGCAUCCUCCCGAUCGUCGCCGGGUCGAGUCCGCGCGCCGUGCAGGACCCGUUCUCGCGCGGCGCCCUGCAGUCCAUCCUCAUGCCUUCCGACUCCAACAUCAUUCGGAAGCUCAGGCAGAGCCGGCUGAUGUCCUACGUGAGCAACGAGAGCGGCGACGCGUGGAUCUCCCAGUACUCGUCCUCGGUCAUCCGCGCAGAGAGCCGCGACAUGUCCGCGUGCAGUCCGGGCAGCACGCCGAUCAGCGGCCCCCCCAGCACGCCCAAGGCGUCCCUGCUGGACAGCCUGGGGCGGUACCGGUCCUCGCUGCAGCAGACCCUCGCGCGCAGCGUCACGGGGAGUCCCUCGGGCAGCAGCGCCGCGCUGGAGUGGUCGGCGGGCGACGAGGCCUCGCUGGAGUCCAUGGAGUGGGCGACGCUGACGGCCCCGGUCGCGAAGCUCAAGGCGGGCGUGGUGCGGAUGUUCGACAAGCUGUGCCUGUUCGACGAGGGCCUGGUCACGCCGGACUGCCUGCGCGUCUUCCUGGACGGGCUGCAGAGCAAGUACCUCGACAACCCCUACCACAACUUCCGGCACGCGAUCGACGUGACGCACCGCCUGUUCCUGUUCCUGUUCCACAGCCCGAGCGCGCUCGAGCUCGUGCCGACCGUCGACCGCCUCGCCGCGAUGGUCGCCGCGCUGGGCCACGACCUGGGCCACCUGGGGGUGUCGAACCAGUACCUGGUGCAGACGGGUCACGAGCUCGCGCUGCGGUACAACGACCGGUCCGUGCAGGAGCAGCACCACCUCUACCUCCUCUUCUCGCUGCUCAACCACGGCCCCGCGCGCCUCCUCGAGGCGCUCCAGCCGGACACCAAGGUGUACGUCCGCGCGCUCAUCAUCCACCUGGUGCUGCACACCGACAUGAGCGAGCACUUCGACCUCCUCGCGCGCUUCGAAGCGCUCUCCGCCAACCUGGCGCGCAGCAGCCAAGGAGAAGGCUCGCGCGGAUCUGACGGGGAGGGCCCGGUCGUGGACCGCAACACGUUCCUGGCGGGCCUCAUGCACGCGGCGGACAUCGGGCACACGCUCAAGCCGUGGCACAGCGCGGAGCGAUGGGCGCGGCUGGUCAACGAGGAGUUCUGGCGGCAGGGCGACCUGCAGCGCGACAAGAGCCUUCCCGUCACACCCAUGUUCGACCGCGCGCAGGCGUCCACGGAGACGCAGCUGUCCUUCCUCGAGGUCAUCGUCGCGCCGCUCCUCACCGUGGUCUUCAAGACGCUCCCGGAGCUCGAGUCCCUCACGGCGCACAUGCUGCCCAACUACGAGAAGUGGGUCAACCUGUACAAGGAGGAAAUCCUCUUCCGCGGCGGCGUCACGCGCCCGGCGACGGGCGGGGGCGGCGCGGGCGUGCAUGCAGCCGUCCCGGCGAACCUGCCCGCGCCUAUCGCGGAAAAGCUCCGCGAGCUGGAGGGGCGGCGCGCGGCGUUCGAAAGCGUGUGCGAGCAAAUGAAGCCGUCAGACGCCCUCGAGCUGCGCAUGAGCGUGGUGUCAGACGGCUCCGAGGUGGGCAGCGACGGCGCCGUCGUGCACGAGGAGUAG